CAGUUGGGACUGACAGACGGAGGAGCGGAGGGAGGGAUGUCUCCACUGCGGAUCAGCAAGCAACAAGUGUGUUAGAAUGAAACUUUAAAUAAACCGAAUUCGCAGUCAACUUCACAACUAUUUGGAAAUAAGUUGGAGGUUUCCGGUUGGAUGUAGCAGUGUGAAGCAGCAGGCAAGCGGCGCGGACUCUGAGGUGAUGGUGUCAUGGCCGCGCGCUCUUACGACCAGUCAUCCUAGAAGUUACCUGGACCUUGACUAACCCGCGCACCUGAGAAGGCUCUUCAGCUCACGCUCGCUGCUCCAUUCCAGCGAGGAAUGACAACCUCCCAUCUGAAUGGCCACGUUGCUGGGGAGGGAGGAGGAGCAGCAGAUGAGGAGCUGAGGGGGGCGCAGCAACAUCGAGAAAUGGCAAUAGACUGCCCAGGAGAGCUGGGGAGUCGAACGCUCCCGGUCCGCCGCUCUGCACAGCUGGAGAGGAUACGACAGCAGCAGGAGGACCUUCGGCGGCGCAGAGAGGAGGAAGGCCGCCAGCUGGACCUGAACGCCUCACUCAGACUCAGGAAACUCGCCCAGAACUCCCAGAUCGGGAUCGACAACCCAUCAUUCCUUCAAGACCAACAGAUCCCACCACAGCUGGUUGCCAGCGGCCAACAUGCACUGCCAGAGCUGCAGGAGCUGCUGCUGUCCCUGAAGCAGGUCCAGGGAUGCCUGUCUGACCAGCAGAGUCAGAAUGACAUCGAGCUUGUCCUCGCGCUGCUGAACAAGUCUGAUUUCCAGUCGGCGCUGAAGAUCCACAAUGCCGUGGCUGCCAGCAUGCACAGGCCCUCUCCUCCAUUCCCGCACACUCAGCAGGCGCUCCCGCUGGCCAUGGAGGUCAGACAGCUCACUCAGUCCUGUCAUAGUAAAGAAGGACUGGAGCUCAACGCCCUGCUGUCAGACAUUCAAAUCCAGUCGCUGCUCCUGACCCACGACAGCGUAGCAGAGAGGGAGAUGCAGCUGGAACCUCUCCCCGUCCCGGGAGAAACUCUGGCACAGUGGGGGGGCGAGACCGUCAAGAUCGUCCGCAUAGAAAAGGCCCCAGACGUCCCACUGGGGGCGACUGUUCGGAACGAGAUGGAGAACGUCGUGAUCAGCCGCAUCGUUCGUGGCGGCGCCGCAGAACGCAGCGGCCUUCUGUCUGAAGGAGACGAGAUCCUGGAGAUCAACGGCAUCGAGAUCCGAGGGAAAGACGUCAACCAAGUCUUUGACAUUCUGGCGGACAUGCACGGACUCCUGACCUUCGUGUUGAUUCCCAGCGGUCAGAUCAGACCCCCUCCCGUCAAGGAGACGGUGAUCCACGUUAAAGCUCACUUCGACUACGACCCGUCGGAUGACCCCUAUGUGCCCUGCAGGGAGUUGGGCCUGUCCUUCCAGAAAGGAGACAUCCUCCACAUCAUCAGCCAGUCGGAUCCAAACUGGUGGCAGGCGUACCGGGACGGAGACGAGGACAAUCAGCCGCUUGCCGGACUGGUUCCAGGGAAGAGUUUCCAGCAGCAGAGAGAGGCCAUGAAACAGACUAUAGAGGAGGACAAGGAGCCGGAGAAAUCCGGGAAGCUGUGGUGUGCGAAGAAGAACAAGAGGAAGAGGAAGAAGCUGCUGUACAACACUCACAGGAAUGAAGACCCGGAUCACGAGGACAUCCUGACCUACGAGGAGAUGGCUCUCUAUCACCAGCCAGCCAAUAGGAAGCGUCCCAUCGCCCUGAUUGGUCCAAACGGAUGUGGGCAGGUGGAGUUGAGACAGAGACUGCUGAGAAGCCAGCCAGACCGGUUUUCUGGAGCCGCGCAGCACACCACCCGCAGCCGCCGUGACGGCGAGCAGAGCGGCCGGGACUACAUCUUUGUGUCCCGGCAGAGCUUUGAGGCCGAGCUGGCAAUGGGGAAGCUGAUAGAGUCGGUGGAGUCCGAGAAGAACCUGUACGGAACCAGCACGGACUCGGUGCGGCAGGUCAUCAACACUGGAAAAAUCUGCGUGCUGUGUCUGCACGCACAGGGUCUGAAGGUGCUGAGGAGUUCGGACCUGAAGCCGUACAUCAUCUUCAUCGCCCCGCCCUCGCAGGAGCGACUCCGAGCCCUGCUGGCUAAAGACAACAAGAACCCCAAGCCGGAGGAGUUGCGCGACGUGAUCGAGAAGGCGCGGGAGAUGGAGCAGAGCUGCGGCCACCUGUUUGACGCCAUCAUCGUCAACACGGACCUGGACAAGUCCUUCCACGAGCUGCUGAGGCUCAUCGACAAGCUGGACACGGAGCCGCAGUGGGUGCCCUGCUCCUGGCUGCGCUGAGUGCACGUGCACGCACACGCACGUUCACCCGAUCACGACGUUGUGAAAACUCUUUCAUGAAGGAACUUCGAAGGUCUGACCGCUUCUGCUGGUCGUCUUCUGAUGAGGACACAGAAUAGAGGAAAGACUUGUUACCAUGACGACAAGGUCUAAACACCAGGAGUAGUUUUUUAAGGAGUGGACCUUAAGGUGGAGCAGAUCCACCAGUUAGAAAAAGUUUCUUCCAAAAUGUUUUAGUUUUUUAAUCUGUUUCUUGUAUUUAUUCCGAUCAAAUCCCAGAAAGUUUGAAUCUGUCUAUGAAAUCCUUUGAUCUUUCAGUUUGCAGAGAGAAUAUGCCCUGCCCCCUCCUGUGCAGGAAGUGAUGCCUGAGCAGCAGGGGGCGUUGUUUAGUGUCACGCCUUUAUUGUGUGAUCAGACUCGCACUGCUGCCAUAAACCUCUGUGCUUUCUUUUCUACUUUCUGUCUCUGAUUUGUCUUUUUUUACCUCUGUUCUCUCCCGGAACCUUAACGGUGGAUUUGGACCUGCAGCUGUUUCCUUCUGGAUCGUUUCUAAAUCUUCGCCUCUGGCGUUGAGAAGAAGUAUUACUGAAGUAGACGGACACGCGUCGGCGCCACGUAGAGCCUUUAUAUAUUUGUAAUAUUGAACAUAGAUUUAUGAGGUUCUGAAGCUCCAAUAGAACUGUGACUUCUACUUUAACUUCCUGCUAUUGGUCCAGAAUGACAAAGGAGGCGGGGCUUAACGAGAGGAAUUGUAUUGAAUCUAAUGUUCAUCAACACCACUGAAGACGUCACUUGUUUCUGAGUAAAACGAUGUUUUGUAUUCACAUGAAUAAAUAAAUAGAUGAUUAUUAGGAAA